AGUACCCACUAACACCAGUAAGUCCAGCUUCAAAUUAUUGUCAGACAACAGGACCUCUUUGAAGGCGGCCAAAUACCUGGGCGCUAUCAACGUACGCUGUAACUGCCUCGGUACCCCCCUCAGGAACAACAGAGGUGGGAUGAAGCCGGCAAUCCACAAUUUGUGCGAUAAAUGUCCAGGCCAAAAGUUUGCAUCCCUAGGACACAUCAGCCAGAUGUGCCCGGCAACUCACGGCCUGCGAGUCAAAAGACAUGACAAAGUUGUCACCAAACUCGCAAAGCACUUUAGAGGAAAGGAAAGUACGCUGACAGUCUUGGUUGAGCCCCAGCUCAAAUACGGUAAUCUGCCAAUGCAGAAACCCGACUUAGUGAUCAACACCGGCUCCACAGUCGAGAUUAUCCACGUCCAAAUCAAAGCAGACCAGGGCAUUGCCCGCGAUGAAGACAGUGAUGAAACUGUCAAGAAGGACAAAUACGAUACCCAGGAGUGCAGAAGAGCAGCCUAUCAAGCUGUCAGGGUAACACCAGGAAGCCUGCCAUGCAACGUGAACGCUUUCACGCUAACCUGGAGAGGCAACCCAGCCCCACACUCGUACAAGUAGGCCAGACGAUUGGAUUCACAUCGAUCAUGAAAUACCUAGUAGCUGACUCUCUGGUCGACACCUGGGGGAUGUUCGUUGUUUGGAAUUGUACACCAUAACAACUCCCGCAAACUACCCACAGCAUGUGAUCCACGAAACCCACUACUGCAUUCCUUGCCCUGUUAGUUACCUUUCUAUCCAAAACCAAACUAGCGGUCAAGGACAAAAAGUCAUACACCAAAUGGGCAUUAUAUUUUAUGAAUUGUUUUACAUCUUUUUACUCUGUAAAAUGUGCUAAAAUUAAAUUUCUUAUUUCAUUGACUUAUGUUAUUAUAUCCUUAGUCUACACAACAUACAAUUUAUCUGCCCAGAGAUGCUAUGUACCUCAUCGACACCUAUACUCUAUAGCUAUAGGAAACCGGCAAGACUAUUUAUCUCUAAUUUAUAAAUCUGCUAUUUUAACUGCACUACCACUUUUCAUCCCUCUUUAUGUAAUUUCUCAGGCUAAUGGCAACACCUCUAGCUGUAAGCAAUUUGCCCUGGGUUGAGAAAUACCGACCAGAAACUCUAGAUGACCUCAUCUCCCAAAAAGAAAUUGUUUCAACAAUAACGAAGUUUAUAAACGAAGAACGAUUACCACACCUGCUGUUCUAUGGUCCCCCAGGCGUGGGUAAAACAAGCACUAUCCUCGCAGUCGCAAGACAGCUUUACAAACCUGGCCAAUAUAACUCACAAGUUCUAGAGCUCAACGCUUCUGAUGAUAGAGGUAUUGGUAUGGUAAGAGAAAAUAUUCUCUCGUUUGCAAGCACACGUUCCAUCUUCAGCUCAGGGUUUAAGCUUGUUAUCUUAGAUGAAGCGGACUCUAUGACAAAAGAUGCUCAAAAUGCAUUAAGAAGAACAAUAGAGAAGUUUACGGAGAACACAAGGUUUUGUCUUAUCUGCAAUUAUCUGAACAAAAUCAUACCAGCCCUUCAGUCCCGUUGUACAAAGUUUAGGUUUGCUCCUCUGAAAAUGGAACUGAUAAAACCUCGUCUGGACAUGGUGAUAGAGAAAGAGAAACUGAAAGUUACUGAUUGUGGAAUGAAGGCUAUCACACAUCUAAGUGGGGGUGAUAUGAGAAGAGCUCUCAAUAUUAUGCAAUCUACUGCCAUGGCAUUUAAAGAGAUCAGUGAGGAGAAUGUGUACAUUUGUACAGGGCACCCCCUCAAGGAGGACAUCAGGAGUAUUAUUCAGUGGGUGUUACAGGAGGACUUUAACACUUCUCACGAGAAAAUAUCUCAUCUCAAACAGUUGAAAGGUUUAGCUCUGCAAGAUGUUAUCACCGAGGUACAUUUGCUGGUACAGCGAAUUGAGUUUCCUAACAAGAUUAAAAUUCAGCUGAUAGAGAGAUUGGCUGAGAUAGAAUUCAGGUUAAGUACUGGAAGUUCAGAGAAGCUUCAGAUGAGCUCAAUGAUUGCAGCUUUUCAGGCUACCAAGGACCCACUUGUCGAGAUGGCUAUUACAGUGUAGACACUGGUUCAUCUCUUAUUUUCUUAUGGUCCUCAUAUUUCGAGAAGAUCAGCCGUUAAGUACUAAAUUGCUCUUAAAUUCUAUUUCACAAUUGAAUUGGAUAAAAAGUAAUAAAACGUCCUAUUUUAUCUUAUUUAUAAAUAAUUUAUUAAUACGUUUUACUGUAUCAAUUUAA